UGAAAGUGCGUAACAUUUAGUGGGUGGGGGCAUUGUGCGAGAAAGAGAAGAAAGAAGGAGGGAGAGAAAUUGUCCGUCUUGCGAGCCGUCAUGGCUGAAUCAUCGUGAGAGAUUCUUGUAGAAGUACAAUAACAAAUGACAUUGUGAUUAAAAAUUAGUAGGCGCGAAAGUAUAGUGCAUGGAACGUACGUUUAAGUCGAGGCGCUGAUCUCGAUGCCGAGACAUCGAACGAUGAACGGGUUAAGUUUUAGUGAAUUGUGUUGCUUGUUUUGCUGUCCACCUUGCCCGUCCAGAAUCGCUGCAAAAUUAGCGUUUCUACCGCCCGAGCCAACGUACACGUUCGUCGAGGAUGAAGGCUCCAAGUUUACAAUUUCCUUGUCUGACAGGGCAGAGUGGCAAUUCUCGGACAGGGAGAAAGACGCGGUGGAAGGUUUCUAUGCAAGAACGUCACGAGGAAACCGAAUAGCCUGUGUGUUUGUACGGUGCACGGCUACCGCACGUUUUACCAUUUUAUUUUCUCACGGGAACGCUGCCGAUCUUGGACAGAUGUCUAGUUUUUACUUGGGACUUGGCUCGAGAAUCAAUUGUAACGUAUUCAGCUACGAUUAUUCGGGUUACGGUGUUUCUAGUGGAAAACCGUCGGAAAAAAACCUUUACGCGGAUAUAGACGCUGCGUGGCAUGCUCUGAGAACACGGUACGGUAUUAAUCCGGAUAACAUUAUUCUAUACGGUCAAAGCAUCGGAACUGUACCCACGGUCGAUUUGGCCGCACGAUACGAGGUUGGUGCAGUUGUACUGCAUUCACCUUUGAUGUCGGGAAUGCGAGUAGCGUUUCCCAAAACCAAAAGAACAUGGUUCUUUGACGCCUUCCCCAGUAUAGAUAAAGUACCCAAAGUUACUUCUCCAGUCUUGGUCAUUCAUGGAACUGAAGAUGAAGUAAUAAAUUUCAGUCAUGGUUUAGCAAUUUACGAAAGGUGUCCAAGAGCAGUGGAACCACUAUGGGUCGAGGGUGCUGGCCACAAUAACGUGGAGUUAUUCGAUCAAUAUUUGGAACGACUGAAACAAUUUGUAAACGUGGAAUUGGUAAACUGACGGCGACUAAGCCUCUCCCAGAGUCAGGGGGGGCAGGGAGGAGAGCAUACACAUGUGAGCAGUCAAGGGCGCACCACUUCCAAUAAUUCAAAUACGAUUAGCUCCAUUUCAACAAGCUCACAGACUGAAAAGCUUGUCUAGCAGUCGCCUCCCACAGGGGAGAAGGCACCUGUCCUCCCCUGUGACGAAGAAUCAUCGUUUGCCUCUAUUUUUGAUGUAUUCUUCCUUGAUCAACAGACAGUUAGUAACCAGGAAAUUCACCAUAAAGAUUCUUUAAAGGACACAUGUU